AUGUUUUCCAUCACAUCCAGGGAGAGCUGUCCUGGGGUUAAAUUCCGUGGCUUUGAGAGAGCUGCCGGCUGCGGGUCUCCAGGGAGCAGCAGCCCUCGGGUUGAACGCAGAAUGAACACAGAAUGGUUAAAAAUAGCAGGCCAGUACCCGGUUCCCACCGCUGCUCAGGCUGGGAACGGGAGGCGGAGUCCGGCCGCUGUGUGGGACUGCAGGGGAACAACAGCCUGGCCGCUCCAGUACAUGUGCAAUAACCCACUCUAUCACGGAGGACCCACUCACAAAUUACACCCCGGAGGUCAGACAGCUCUGCUUGGGAAGUGUCGGAGGCCCAGGACAGCUUUCACCAGUCAGCAGCUGCUGGAACUGGAAAACCAGUUUAAGCUCAACAAGUACCUUUCCAGGCCCAAACGCUUCGAGGUGGCAACCUCACUCAUGCUGACAGAGACCCAGGUUAAGAUCUGGUUCCAGAACAGACGUAUGAAGUGGAAGAGAAGCCGGAAAACCAAGGAACAAGUAACUGAAACCUCCCUGGCUGGCAAAGAGACAAUUAAUGUGGACAUACAGAGUACCAGGCCUCAUGGUGGCUCUUUAAGCUCCACCCUGAAGGUUGAAGACGAGAUGGAAAAGGAAAAUAAGUAUGAAAAAGAAGAUACAAAGUUGGUUGGGGACGGCUGCUUGGAUUCUGCUGGUCUCACAUCACAUGCAGGACAAGGAAGUGGGAACUAUGACAGUUCUUACUCAGAGGAAGAAAUGGAGGACGGAACUCUAGAAGGAAGAAAUCAUGUAUUUCCAUAGAUGUAUACUUCAGCAUGGUCUUAUUGUAUGUGGUUAUGUUUAUUAAGUGUGAAUGACUAUACAAAGCAAUCAGUUGCACAUAUACAAUGGCAUAAAGAGGAUCUUUCUUUUGUCACAACCCACAAUGAUAGCCUAAAAUCCCUAUCACCACAAAUUUGCAGAAAAAAUGGACAUAAAACAAGGAUAACAGCGUCUUUAUCAUCCUGAUUUGAUAACAACCUGAACUUAAUGAUUGAUAGCAAUCCAUGAUGUUGUAAUGCACACUGGCAAGACACAGAAAGACAAACAAUUUCAAUUCAAUUCAAUUCAAUUCAAUUCAAUUCAAUUCAAUUCAAUUCAAUUCAAUUCAAUUCAAUUCAAUUCAAUUCAAUUCAAUUCAUUUCAAUUCAAUUUUAUUUUAUUUAUAUAGUGUCAAUUACAACAGAAGUUGUCUCUAGGCGUUUUCCAGAGACCCAGAACAUGACCCCCGAGCAAUUAAAAAAACUAUAAUGAAACUCAAUGGCCAGUUGACCAAUAUUAAUUUCAUAGAAAUGAGGUUAAUUGGUUAGCCAUCAGAUCACUGAGAAUUGGUUCUCGGUUGGAGAAUGCUGAUUGGCCGGAGCCUAGCUGUGGAGUUUGGUUGUUCUCAUUGCACCUAAAUGCUCUCUCUCUCUCUCUCUCUCUCUCUCUCUCUCUCUCUCUCUCUCUCUCUCUCUCUCUCUCUCUCUCUCUCUCUCUCUCUCUCUGCUGUCAUGUGUUACGGCAUGUUCACCUUCUGUGAUAAAGUCCAGCCCUCUGUCGCCCUCUACAGGACAAAGCAGGUACACCUUCCUCCCCAGGUGGUAGAGAAAAGAAAACCCAAACAACUAAAAUACUUGCCUCUCAUGCAAAAAUAAAAAGUUUUCACUACUUACAUUCACAGCCACUCACACUGAAAACAUUAUUGUUGUGUGAUAAGAAAGGAGAGGAAAAACAAGUGGACAACGGCUUUAAAGUACUUAUUCUGGGGGGAUAGUAGCAUGUAGUUUUAUUUGCGUAGUGUUUAAUGUUUAACUUAUAUUAUAUUUAAACUACAUGUCAUUAUUUAAUUAAAACCACACAGUCAAAUUAAUGUAUGUAUUUAUUGUUUGAUAUUUUAAAAUUAUUAUUAUGAUGUUUUCGUUUAUUGUCAGUGUAAUUUGACAUUUACAGGAUUUAAUAUAUUUAUUUUUAAUGGUGACAUUUGUAGAGAAACGUGGUUUUAAAAAGAAUAACGCUUAAUUCAUGACUGUGUGUAGACAAAAAUAUAGCCUAAGGAAAUGAGAACCAAAGGGAUAAUUAUUUUUUUAUCUAGAAUUUUUCAUUGGAAAACUGUUAACGCACUUAAAUAUUUCCUCACCGGCUGCCGUAGCGUGUAUUUGUUGCCAUGGAAACCAGACGCGGACGGACAUUGUUUGAGUGCCAACUGUAGUUACACUCCAGUGAAAUAAAAUUCAUAAACCCAAGUUGUUUUUCAUGUCAUCAAAGGUAGGACCUGUUUUAACCGUAAGUGUAAUGAGUUUUAAUAUAACAGUAGCAUGUGUUGACAGGUGUUUGCGCGAUGACAGUUUAAACUGACCGUAAGUGAAAAAAAAACACGUGUUAGUCGGGUUUUGAUUUAGAACAGCUAACUUUUAGAGAGAAAUAGUAAUGU